CAAAUAUUUUCCUCAUGGAUUGUAUUUUCCAUGGACAGCCAACCUAAUUCUCAAUUACUGAGGGACAAUCUCCACUCAUGUGUUUUCCAUAACCAAAUCUCUGUUCAGCUCUUCAUGAGUGAUAUACCCGAGUAUUCGGAUUCUAAUAUCUGAACUGUAUUAUUAAAUCUAUUCACCUAAAUGUGGGUUAUUGCGGAUUAUGUACUCUCUGUAUCAUAUGACUUUUUAAAAAACUAACUUUGUAUAUGUGAAAAGAAUGAGUAGACUAACACUGCUACGGCUCUGAAAUUUGUGUAUAUGGAUAAUCUAAGCACUAUACCUAGAUGUACAGACACUCCUUCCCCAACUUAUGUAUUAUAUAAUUUUUUUAACAUUAGCUUUAAUAAUUUUUUUAAUUCUGUGUGCACCUAAGUGUUUCCAGGAUUGGGGUCCAAUUCAAAACCUCCCCUGCUUCGCAGAUUCCAAAAGGAAACAGCUGGUGAAGAAGCCCUCUUGAAAAGCCUGCUGGAAAAGAUUGGGUUUGCAGUAUGCCCUGGAGGUCAACCAGCUCAAGCUAUUUCAGACUAAAGGUGUGUGGGCAGAUUCCAAAGAUGAGGAAGAUACAAGGAGUCUUCACAGAGAACCUUCCUGGCUACUCUCAGAUGCAUCCAAAGUUGCUCUAGUUUGAUCACUGCCAAUGUUUUAAGUGGCAUCACUGCAUCUGCAAGAGGUGUUUCAAGCAGAUGUAGGAGUAUGAGACAGUCUGGGAAUACUAGAAAGUUCCUUUAUGCACAGCAGGCUAUUUUCAGCUGUCUUCCCAGGAAACAGCUGUCUUCCCAGGAAACAGCACAUCACAGGGAGAGAUGAUGCAAGGAAAGCUCAUGUGGAGGAAAAUCAGCUGAUCAGAACAAGAUGUUAAUGCACUGAAGUACUUACUGGAGCUGACCUGCAGAGUGUUUAUAUUAUGAACAGAAUUUGCUCAACCUAUUGAAGUCCAGAGAUUUGCUCUGCUAGAUAGUGUUAUGUUUAAAAUCAUGCUGGUAAUGUUUGCCCUGAGCGGUUAAAGCUGAUGAUGCGGGCACUAACUCAUGCUGUGUAUCAAAAGGUUACACACUUUUAUUCCGGGAAGUACUUACACUUAAAUGGUAGAGGCUGCGUACGUGUCUGAGGUUACUGAAUUAAUGGUGGGAUGGAAGGGCAAUUCAUGUGUGGGAACAGGGCAGGAUGGCAAGGAGGAGGAAGCUAGUGGCUGGAGGAGAAUGGCCAGAUGUUUGAGAAGGUUAGGAAAUUGCAUAACAAUAGAUGUCACUCAGUGUAGGAAUCAUAAUGUUCUCAUGUCACAGUCAUGAGGGCUGUGGUAGUACACAUACUCGCGUAAAACCCUGGGCCUUUAUUUUGUACAGCUUGCUUCUAAAAAUAAUCAUAGAAUCGGAUAACCAACUUUGUUUUUAUCAUGUAUAUGAAAUAAACAAGAUGUAGCUAGAUGUUUGGCAUGGUGCAGUGUGGGCUAUUCCUGGUUCUAAUGCAGACUUCCUGCGUGACCUUGGGCAAGUCACUUAAUCGCUCGGUGCUUCGGUUUCCCCAUCUGUAAAAUAGAGAUAAUGUUGCUUUUCUCUCACCCAUUAUCUGUCUUGUAUAUUUAGAUUUGUAAGCUUAUUUGGGCAGGGAAAGUUUCUUACAGUCCCUGUACGAUGGGGCCCUGAUCCCAGUCUAAGUGUUACUGUAAUAUAAAUAAUUAAAGCAUAACCUUGCGUUUUUACAUUUAAUUUUAACAGCACAAAAGCGCAUAUUAGGCAGCAAGUGCUCAUGCUCUUUGCACUGCCACCUGUUCGCUUCAAGAUGCAAUUCAGAGUUUUGGCUACAGUCCUACGGCCCUGAAUAAAAAGGGACCCCAGUAGCCAAAACUGCCUUUUGCCUAGCACCCUGUUGUAAGGUCUGAAAUUCUCUGAUGGCUGAUUACUUGCCAGGAACAGUGAGAGGGCUUCCUCUGCUCCCAUUGCAGCCUGCCAGAAUCCUCAGGGUAUUGCUGAGCAUAUAAACUCUGGUUUUGGGUUGGGUUAUUUGUUUUUUUUUGGGUGUUUUUUUUUUUAAAUAUUUAUAUAACCAGAUGCUGGUGAGACUGAUGUGGGUGACACACUGCAAAGAUGGUGGUUACGAGGCUCUGCCUUUUUUUGAGUGGCUUUACAUAUAAUUUCGUGCAUCUCCAAUUCCCCUCCCCCCCCCCCGUAAUAGCACCUAGCAGUUAAGACACUCUAUAAAAAGAAAGCCAGCAAAGAAGAUGGUAUGACUAAAGCAUCUGUCCCAUUAUUUAUGUAAAUAGGAAAUGAAUUUCUUUGGUGAAAGCAGAAACCUACUACUGUGCUUCUGUAAUCUUUCAUUUUAAAGGGAAUUCAUUAAUCACCUUAGUUCCUGCUGUCGGAUGAUGAACCCUUUAAGAUGGGGGUGUAGACAGGCUGAGUCAAGUUCUCCUCUCACUUACACCAUUGAUUUCAGCAGAGUCACUUGUGAGUUUCACUGCCAUAAAUGAAGGUAGAAUCUGGUUUGUUGUGCCAGUGUUGGAUCCAGGCAUUCAGGAGCAGAGGGAAGGACUUGAGGUGUGGGGGUACAGUUGGUGCCAUUGUUACAUGUCCUUUAGAAGUAAUAAAGACCAGGCUCCAGUCUUCAAGGCUAGCGUUCCGGACUGUCUACUAUCCUCAAGUCCAGUUGGGGACGAUCAGUGGGGAAGGAAUGGUCAGGCCGACAUCUGUAUCACCUGGACUUCUCCGGGUUCUAAAGUCAAUUUUGGAGAAAGAAGGACCAAGGUCACUCUUCCGAGGAUUGGGUCCAAACUUGGUUGGAGUGGCGCCAUCAAGGGCGGUCUACUUUGCAUGCUACUCCAAAGCCAAGGAGCGAUUUAAUGGCAUUUUUGUGCCCAACAGCAACAUUGUGCACAUUUGCUCAGCAGGCUCUGCAGCUUUUGUCACAAAUUCCCUGAUGAACCCUAUAUGGAUGGUGAAAACCAGAAUGCAGCUGGAGCGGAAAGUCAGGGGUUCAAAGCCGAUGAAUGCUGUGCAGUGUGCUAGAUACGUUUACCAGACAGAAGGGGUCCGUGGUUUUUACAGAGGCUUGACGGCCUCCUAUGCUGGGAUUUCGGAGACCAUUAUCUGCUUUGCUAUUUAUGAAAGUUUAAAGAAGCACCUGAAGGACGUCCAGCUGCCCCCUUCCCCUACUAAUGGGACCAAGAGGACCUCCACAAACUUUUUUGGACUGAUGUUUGCUGCUGCUGUUUCUAAGGGCUGUGCCUCCUGUAUUGCUUAUCCGCAUGAGGUCAUACGGACAAGACUGCGAGAGGAAGGCACAAAAUACAAGACUUUCUUUCAGACGGCUCGUCUGGUAGCACGUGAGGAAGGCUACCUGGCUUUCUAUAGAGGACUCUUUGCGCAGCUCAUCAGGCAGAUACCAAACACAGCCAUUGUGUUGUCCACCUAUGAGCUAAUUGUGUACCUGUUGGAAGACCACACUAAGUAGCAGAGCCAGGGAGCAUCCUCUGGAAAAUAAAAACUGACAUUGAGCAAAUAGCCAUUAAGAGACUGAUGCAGGUGAUGAAGAUGGAGAAUAGCUAUGAGUCUCUGAUCACCUGCUGGACACUUUUUCCUUUUGGAUUUAUGCUUUCUGGAAGGUUUCAACUCAUUAACGUUAAUAGUUAAUUAUAACUUUUUAACUUAAGGAGAGAUGAUUCAGAAUUAAACUGCUACUAAAUUAAAUCAUGCUAUUUAA